ACCGAGAUUUUCGGCGAUUUUCAAUUUUGACAUUUCUUAACGUCAUCCGCAGCUGAUCACAGAAAACCGGCCUUUUUGUUAUGCUGCUCCAAUCGACGAUUCGUCAUAUUUUUAGAAAUUCUAGAUUAUUUCCGGUUGCCCGUCACAACUUAAGCAGCAUGGUCGACGCCAAACUGGAAGCGGUCCCGCUGGUCGAGAUCGACGAAGGAAUCUUCAAGUACAUCCUGAUCAAGGUUUACGGCAAGGAAAAAGCGGACGGUUCCGAGCCGAGCAAAAACAUCGUACGGGGAUUUGCGCGGGCCGAGUGGCAUAACGACAUCUACGAGGAGGUGAGCUCUUCGUUGGCCGGGCUCGGGCUGGAAACGGAGUGCCUCGGCGGGGGCCGGAUUGAGCAUCGUCCGGAGCAGAAGCUUAUCAAAGUUUACGGAUACUCGCAGGGUUACGGCAAGGCCGACCACCAGGAAGCGAGACGCAUCCUGCUGACCAAGUAUGCCGAUUGUCAGAUUGAGACCUCGGAUGAGGGCUAUUGAAGUUAAAUAAAAUGGUUUUUGAGUAAAA